AUGGAGUUUGGUGAGCGCGAGGCCAUGUUGACCAAGCUGAUGCAAAGCGUGGCCAGCUGCAAAGGAUGUUCGAAAAAGGGGUUCUGGUGCCGCAAGCACGUCAACAAAACGCCCUAUCUCAGAUCGACACGGUUUCGCCUUCAGCUUGGCACGCCAGCGCAAUGUUACUACUGCCAGCGCGUCUUGUCCUCCAACCUCUCAGUCAUGCGCCACAUGCAAACGGAGAUCACUCGGCUCGACCUCAACAAAGCAGGGCAGAUAGUUUCGCCAGGCUUUCGCUCAGGCGAGUUUGGAUGGGCCGCGCACGAUGGCGGCGGGUUGCUCUGCUCCAGCAAAUGCACCAUGCAGCACCACUAUCCAGACUCUCGACAGAAACCUGCUGGGGAGUCAGAAGCAGCAAGCGUAUCAGCAACAGAUAGAGAGCAAGUUGGCGGGAAACAUGCUGCUUCACUUUUAUCGUCGAUGCCAUCCACAACUGGACCAGCGCCACGCGCCAGCAGCAAGAGCGGCGGUGAUGGUGAUGAGGUGGUAGGGUAUUCGAUAGCGGAGCAACACCAAGUGACUGUGGGAAAAGAUGCGAGGAGACAGGCGAGCAUGAUGGCGCGUGAUGUUCAGACAUCAGCCAUACAACCGGACAGCCGUGACGGUGCACGCGCAGCAGAGCAUGCGUCGACACAGGCCAGCCACGCCAGACAGGACCGCAGCGUCGAUGAUGGUGGCGAUGGUGGCGAUGGGCAUGAUGUGACUGCCUCGCUCCCUGCGACUUCAGAUGCGGUGCUGUUUGACAGCGCCAUCACCCCUGCCGAGGAGCUCACCAUGCUCCUGUCCGCAGUCACGCACCACCACCGUCGUCAUCAUCAUCAUUAUCAUCAUCGUCGUCGUCGUCGCCAUCCGCGUCGCGUGUGGCAGAGUCGUCCUGGCAGUGGAGAUGGCAGGGCUGCAUUGCUGACCGAUGGCGAUGAUGAUGAUGGUGGUGAAUAUGAUGAUGUUGCUGGUAAAUAUGAUGACGACGACCACGAUGAUGAUGAUGAUGAUGAUGAUGAUGACGCUGGUUGUGGAAGGGGUAGUGGGGCGGCUGUUGUUCGCGGUGAUGAUGGCGCUGUAACGUUGGUGAGGACACUUGCGUCAUCGAAGCAGCAAUUCGAAGGAGGAGGGUUGCAAGAGCGCACUGGCGGGAAUAGAGACUCGGACAACCAUGGCAACGUGGCUGACGUCGGACAGCGGCAGCACGAACACCAACAGCACGAACACCAUCCACAGCACGAACACCGACAGCACGAACACCAACAACAGCACGAACAGCAGCGGCCUCAACAUGAUCAUCAUCAUCAGCAGCAGCAGCAGCAGCAGCAUGUGCCUGGCUGCCUGCCAUCCCCUUCAGGCUGGGUGCGUGUGCUGAGCUGUGAGGAGUGGAUGUGUGCGGCGGCGCCCCGAGCGGCGUGGAGGCGUCAGUAUGAGGUCGAGGUCGUGGCAGUGCUGCAGCACACGCACCUCCGCGAUGAUGGCGAUGAUGGUGGCCAUGAUGAAGUGAGUGCAAGCGGUGAUAAUGUUGGUGGUGGCGGUGGUGGAGAUGAAGACGAGGCAGAAGACAAUGGCUGUGAUGGCGACGAUGCCAGCGAUGGCGCUGGCCGUCUGCGGGGUGAACGUGGUGAUGGCGAAGAUGAUCGUGUGAACGCUCGCUCAAACCCCGGUCAACCUGAAAGCGGCACUGUACACGAUGGUGCUGGCAGCCAGCAACGGCCAGACCAAUUGCUUCCCGUGCCGAUGGAGGCGUGCAGCGACGGCGACGACGACGAGGGGGAUUUACCCGAUGGCAACGAGCAAACAACCACCGGCGCGCACGCGCGUGCCGAGCGUGACGGCAGUGUUGAUGCACGGGUUGCCGGAACCACCGCUGAUGGCGGUGGUGGUGGGCUGAGCGAAGAAGCUGUGGUGCAGAUGACAGGUGCACAGCGGGGCGUUGGCACUGGUGGAGCUGUUGCUGCUGCUGAUGAUAUGACGGCUUUGAGCAGAAUCGACGCGCAUGUACGUGAAGUCGUGGCGGCGAAGGCGGGCGAACACACAGCGUCACCGCAGCCGUAUGUCCCCACAACACAGCACCAAGCCUAUGCGGGCGUUGGCGACGACGGCGUGCCGCAGGUUCGCGUGCCGGCGUGUGUGCUUUGUGGCCAACACGCCGAGUUUUGCUGCACUGGAUGCUAUCAGGCAUACUACUGCAGCCCCGCCUGCCAGCGCCAGCACUGGGGCGAGCACAAGCUAUGCUGCACCUAUGCCGUCGUGGUCAACGAAUCAAACCAUCAGCACGUGCAGUAG